AUGAUGCGCUUCUUCGUAUGGAUAAGAUGCCUGGGGCUGCCCUCCAGGCAAUCGAUUUACCGCAGCGGCUGCGCACACGCGAGUACAUCGGCAAUAGCAGAGAUGACAGCGAAUGGGGUCGCUAAUAGUCCCGUGAUGCCGUACAAGUCUACACAUAAAGGAAAAGGUGUUGGUGAUCCCAACCGCAAAGGCUCAUCGGUUGUUGGUGCGCCAAGCGGUGGUACCGAUCAAUGCCAGCAGAAUCUCGCAGGCUCACGUUCAUCCUGUGCUGAAGAUGGCAAAGCAGCUCCAAGUAGGCCCCUCUCACCCCUGCAGCGACGGCAACUCAUGAUGAGGCACAAAGCCGCUUUCACACUUACCCCACAGGCGAUUCGCCGCGUCAGAUAUUUACUGUCGCAGUAUCAACAAAACAACGAGGGGGAGGGACCCAUCCCGGAUGGUAUUCGCGUUAGCGUUCGUCGCCGUGGUUGUAGUGGUUACAGUUAUACAGUUAACUAUAACUAUCCAAGCAAAGGUGACGAAACUGGCGCACCCGUGAAUUGUAACAGCCAAAAUAAAAAUAAAGACGAGGGGGGAUCCUCCGAGGUGAGUUUUAUGAGUGCCGUGGGCGGUAUGGCGCCAGGCGGUGAUGUGGUGGUCGUGCAAAAUGGCAUCAAGGUUGUUGUGGAUAGCAAUGCGCUUUUCUAUGUUAUCGGGACCGAGAUGGACUAUGUUGUGCGGAACGUGGAGGAGAAGUUCACAUUUAGGAACCCCAACCAAAAAUAUUCAUGCGGGUGUGAAGAAAGUUUCAUGCCCUUUGACGCUGACGAGCAGCUUUGA